UGGUGGAAAUAAUAUUACAUGCGUCCUCUAUUUUAUCUCUGUUGUCCUCUAUUUUAUCUCUUUCUCCUCUCUUCCAUCAGUGUAGAGGGAGUGACAGUCGGAGUCAAUGCUAUGGAGGCAAUUGGAGAGGUUACGCACGCUUUGCCCUACAGAUUACUUGAGCCCUUCAGAAUAUGGCACAAAUCAUAAAUUAGGGAAGCUUGGAGAUGGCAUCCGUCUUUGGGCAGAAAUUGAUGCUGACCUUCUAUUGGCUGUUUUUCUUCCUGCUCUACUUUUCGAGAGUGCAUUCUCGAUGGAAGUUCACCAGAUAAAGAGGUGUAUGGCACAAAUGAUUCUACUCGCCGGUCCGGGAGUUCUUAUUUCAACUUUCUGUCUUGGAUUAGCUUUGAAGCUCACUUUUCCAUAUGACUGGAGUUGGAAAAUAUCCUUAUUGCUGGGGGGGCUUCUCAGUGCAACUGAUCCUGUUGCUGUGGUUGCCUUGUUCAAAGAGCUUGGUGCAAGUAAAAAAUUAACCACUAUAAUUGAAGGAGAAUCUUUGAUGAAUGAUGGGACUGCAAUUGUGGUUUACCAGCUAUUCUAUAAAAUGGUUCUUGGACAGAGCUUUACUUGGGCCACUGUUCUUGAGUUUCUGGCAAAAGUCACGCUUGGAGCUGUGGGAAUCGGCAUUGCUUUUGGAAUUGCUUCUGUUUUUUGGCUUCGGUUUAUUUUCAAUGACACAGUGAUUGAGAUUGCACUGACAGUUGCUGUGAGCUACAUUGCUUAUUUCACAGUAUGACAGAAGACCAGAGAAUAUGGCACAAAUCAUAAAUUAGGGAAGCUUGGGGAUGGCAUCCGUCUUUGGGCAGAAAUUGAUGCCGACCUUCUAUUGGCUGUUUUUCUUCCUGCUCUACUUUUCGAGAGUGCAUUCUCGAUGGAAGUUCACCAGAUAAAGAGGUGUAUGGCACAAAUGAUUCUACUCGCCGGUCCGGGAGUUCUUAUUUCAACUUUCUGUCUUGGAUUAGCUUUGAAGCUCACUUUUCCAUAUGACUGGAGUUGGAAAAUAUCCUUAUUGCUGGGGGGGCUUCUCAGUGCAACUGAUCCUGUUGCUGUGGUUGCCUUGUUCAAAGAGCUUGGUGCAAGUAAAAAAUUAACCACUAUAAUUGAAGGAGAAUCUUUGAUGAAUGAUGGGACUGCAAUUGUGGUUUACCAGCUAUUCUAUAAAAUGGUUCUUGGACAGAGCUUUACUUGGGCCACCGUUAUUGAGUUUCUGGCAAAAGUCACGCUUGGAGCGUAUGCUCAACUAGGUAUUGAUGUUUCUGGUGUUUUGGCAGUUAUGACUUUGGGAAUGUUUUAUGCUGCAUAUGCAAAAACAGCAUUUAAGGGUGGAAGUCAACAGAGCUUGCAUCACUUCUGGGAAAUGGUUGCUUACAUUGCAAAUACAUUAAUUUUCAUUUUAAGUGGUGUUAUUAUAGCUAAAGGUUUUCUUCUGGAUGGCAAGGCUUUUGUGAAUCAUGGGCUCAAACAAUUUCUUGGGGGCAGAGGCAUUUUGGCCUUUGGAAGCAGGAAUAUAUGCUGCUGUGUGUCAAUGUGUGAACAGGAGGAGAAGAAGAAAGAAGAAUUUGGCCAUUUAAGGAGAUAAGAUGAGAGUGAAGAAGAAUGAAUACAGAACAAAGGUUUAGCCUAUGGGAAUGCCAGGCAUGGAUAAACCAAAUUCUCAAGAUUGCAUUAAUCAAAAGCCUCUUCUAUCAUAGAGAGUACAUAUCUAUUUAUAGAUAGCUUGGACUAUUCCUUAGGUUAUUCGUGGGGUUAUCUUAUUCUUCUCUAUGUCUUUGUGCAAGUAUCCCGUUGCAUUGUUGUUGGGGUAUUAUUUCCAUUUUUACAAUAUUUUGGAUAUGGUUUGGAUUUGAAGGAAGCUGCUAUUUUAAUAUGGUCAGGCUUGCGAGGUGCUGUUGCAUUAGCACUUUCACUAUCAUUUAAGAAUUCCAGCAUGAGCUUAACAACUAUCAGUUCAGAAACAGGAAGCCUAUUUGUUUUCUUCACUGGUGGAAUUGUAUUCUUGACGCUCAUUAUUAAUGGAUCAACUACACAAUUUAUUUUACAUUUUCUGGGUAUGGAUAAGCUUUCAGUAACCAAGAGACGUAUACUGGACUAUACAAAGUAUGAAAUGUUGGAUAAAGCAUUAGAGGCUUUUGAAAAUCUUGUAGAUGAUGAGGAACUUGGACCUGCUGACUGGCCUACUGUAAAGAAAUAUAUUGCAAGCUUAAAUAAUCUUGAGGGUGACCCUGUGCAUCCUCAUAG